AUGACGUCGAUUUGUUAUGCAAGUGCAAUAAUAGUCUGCAUAUUUAAAGUACAUUUUUGUACGGCGGAGACUGAUCACGUAUUAAAGCCACAGAUAGUUGGUGCUAAAAGCCAACUAUCAGAGAAUGAAAUAUUCCGGUCGGAAUUGCCCAUUCCCAUCAAACUAAACUAUGGUAAUCAGCCAAUUUAUAAUAAUAAUAGGCUCCCGAUUGUUGAAUUGAAAGAGCAAAGAGCAGCAAACAUUAAUAAAUUUUUGAGUGAGAACGUACUCAAGGAUAGAAUUUUCCAAGAUUAUGAUAAGCCUCCUACCGACAUCGCUCUGAAGAGGUUUCGGAAAAAGUGGAGAAAAAGGAAAACGUCUACAAGGCCCCCAACAACCGUAUCUUCGGAUCCAGCAUCAACGACUCCAACAACUUCAACGGCAAUUCCAACGACUGCAACACCCACAACACAGUCUCCCACAACUUCCACAGCGAUUCCAACGUCGACGACAACCACAACACAUUCUCCAACAACUUCAACGGCAAUUCCAACGUCUACAGCAAGCACAACACAGUCUUUAACAACAUCAACAGCAAUACCAACAUCUACAACAACCACUGCGGAGUCAUCGACGACAUCCACAGCAAUUCCGUCGUCUACAACAACCGCAACGCAGACUCCAACAACUUCAACGGCAAUUCCAACGACUGCAACACCCACAACACAGUCUCCCACAACUUCCACAGCGAUUCCAACGUCGACGACCACAACUUCCACAGCAAUUCCAACGUCGACGACAACUACAACACAGUCUCCAACAACUUCAACGGCAAUUCCAACGUCUACAGCAAGCACAACACAGUCUUUAACAACAUCAACAGCAAUACCAACAUCUACAACAACCACUGCGGAGUCAUCGACGACAUCCACAGCAAUUCCGUCGUCUACAACAACCGCCACGCAGACUCCAACAACUUCAACGGCAAUUCCAACGACUACAACACCCACAACACAGUCUCCCACAACUUCCACAGCAAUUCCAACGUCGACGACAACUACAACACAGUCUUCAACAACAUCAACAGCAAUUCCAACGUCUACAGCAAGCACAACACAGUCUUUAACAACAUCAACAGCAAUACCAACAUCUACAACAACCACUGCGGAGUCAUCGACAACAUCCACAGCAAUUCCGUCAUCUACAACAACCGCCACGCAGACUCCAACAACUUCAACGGCAAUUCCAACGGCUGCAACAUCCACAACACAGUCUCCUACAACUUCCACAGCGAUUCCAACGUCGACGACAACCACAACACAGUCUCCAACAACUUCAACGGCAAUUCCAACGUCUACAGCAAGCACAACACAGUCUUUAACAACAUCAACAGCAAUACCAACAUUUACAACAAACACUCCGGAGUCAUCGACAACAUCCACAGCAAUUCCGUCCUCUACAACAACCGCAACGCAGACUCCAACAACUUCAACGGCAAUUCCAACGACUACAACACCCACAACACAGUCUCCCGCAACUUCCACAGCAAUUCCAACGUCGACGACAACCACAACACAGUCUCCAACAACUUCAACGGCAAUUCCAACGUCUACAGCAAGCACAACACAGUCUUUAACAACAUCAACAGCAAUACCAACAUCUACAACAACCACUUCGGAGUCAUCGACGACAUCCACAGCAAUUCCGUCGUCUACAACAACCGCCACGCAGACUCCAACAACUUCAACGGCAACUCCAACGACUACAACACCCAUAACACAGUCUCCCACAACUUCCACAGCAAUUCCAACGUCGACGACAACUACAACACAGUCUCCAACAACUUCAACGGCAAUUCCAACGUCUACAGCAAGCACAACACAGUCUCCAACAACUUCAACGGCAAUUCCAACAUUUACAACAACCACUGCGGAGUCAUCGACAACAUCCACAGCAAUUCCGUCGUCUACAACAACCACAACACAGUCUCCAACAACUUCAACGGCAAUUCCAACUACUACAACAUCCACAACACAGUCUCCCACAACUUCCACAGAAAUUCCAACGUCGACGACAACCACAACACAGUCUCCCACAACUUCCACAGAAAUUCCAACGUCGACGACAACCACAACACAGUCACCAACAACGUCAACGGCAAUUCCAACCAAUUCCGUCGUCUACUGCAAUCGCAACUCAGUUUUCAACAACGACACCGGCGAUUCCCAUGUCUUCAACAAACACAACUGA